AAUUGGUGAGAAUAUAUAAAAAUAGUUGUUUGUCUGUGAUGAUAAAAAGAAAAGGCAGAAGUGAAUAACAGUGAAAAAUCCCUUUCGUCCUUUAGCUUCGCAUCUUAUCUCUGGUGUGGGUAUGUAUUUGUGAAGUGUUGCUAAAGCCACAGAGAGAAGAGCAGGUAGUAGGCAGCCAAGACACCAACCACACCAUGUUCUUCUGCAACCAACCCUAAAUAACUAAAAUAUCACAACCUCCAACUAAGCUACAACUAUUUCGAUAUUCAAAUGGACGACAAUAACCAAUACCCCAUUCUCACGCCUUCAGGAUUACCUCGCCAAAACAAACCCUCUAUUGCAGAGGACGACGUCAUGGAGCUGCUAUGGCAUGACGGCCAGGUUGUGAUGCAGAGUCAGAACCACCGUUCUCUAAGAAAACCGAUGCCGCCGCCCAGAAACUCCCACGAUGCCUCCGCCGCCGGUCCCUCCGAGGACAGGGAGAUUCGACCGCAGCUCGACAAUUUCAAUCAACAUCUCUUCAUGCAAGAAGGCGAAAUGGCUUCCUGGCUACACUAUCCAAUCGACGUCGACGACGUACCUCCGUUGGAUCAGGCUUUCUGCGCCGAUUUCCUCUACUCACCGCCCACCGUUAACAACAGCACCGCCAUGCAAACUCUCGCCACGUCUCAGCUUACAGACCACCGCCCCAUGUCCGCACCGCCUCGACCUCCAAUUCCGCUGCCGAGACGGCUGGAACCGAAGACGCCGAACUUCGCGUACUUCGCGCGGCACAACACGAGAGCCGCCGAGGAGAGCGUGAAGGCAGCCGCGAAGGAAUCCACAGUGGUGGAUUCUUGCGAGACGCCGGCCGCAACGGCAGCGGCGGUUUCGAGAGUUUCGGAAACUUUGAGGAACGCGGCGGAACCGACGGAAGGAGGCGCCGGCGGUCCGGUGCCUUCAACGAGUGCCGGUGACGGAAGGAGCACGAUGAUGUGCGACGUGACUAUGGCAUCGUCGCCGGGCAGUUCGAGUACUAGCGGCGAGCCAGUUCAGGUGGCGCAGGCGGAAGAGCGGAAGCGGAAGGGUCGGGAGGCGGAGGAAUGGGAUUCUCAGAGCGAGGAUGUUGAUUUUGAAUCGGAAGCAAAGAAACAAGCUCGAGGAUCAACAUCUACAAAGAGAUCACGUGCAGCGGAGGUCCAUAAUCUCUCUGAGAGGAGGCGUCGUGAUCGGAUUAAUGAAAAGAUGAGAGCUCUGCAAGAACUUAUACCUCGAUGUAAUAAGUCGGACAAAGCUUCAAUGUUGGAUGAAGCAAUUUCGUACUUGAAAUCAUUGCAGUUACAAGUGCAGAUGAUGUCCAUGGGAUGUGGCAUGGUACCUAUGAUGUUUCCUGGAAUCCAGCAGUACAUGCCAGCAAUGGGGAUGGGGGUUGGAAUGGGUAUGGGAAUGGAAAUGGGAAUGAACAGACCUGUGAUGCCGUUUCCCAAUAUGUUACCUGGUUCUGCUUUGCCAGCAGCAACAGCAGCGGCUCAUUUGGGACCAAGGUUUCCAAUGCCUCCUUUCCACAUGCCGCGUGUUCCUGCUCCCGAUUCUUCCAGAAUGCAAGCAGAAAAUCAGUCAGAUAAAAAUAUGGUUGCAGCUGGUCCACUUGAUCCAAACCACUCACGUCUCCCAAACUUCACGGAUCCUUAUCAACAAUAUCUUGGUCCCCACCAGAUGCAGUUUCAAGUAAUUCAGAAUCAGGCAAUGAACCAACCAAAUGUUGGCAAGCCCAGUACCAGUAGGGAUAAUCCAGAAAGCCGUUAGUCAGGUGAGAAUUUAUUCUACAAGCCUUAUUAACAUACUGAAAAAGUAUAGUUUGCCAUGCAAUCUGGUUCUUAAAUUUUAAUUUUUGCUUACUGUGUUCUUGCGUCAUAAGCUUCCGGAGCAUGAUAAUUUCUGGCAGCUUUCUACGUAUUAAAAAUUCUAAAUAUAUAAUGCAAACAUGGCUACUUCUAAAUAUUUCAAUGUUUUUAUCAUUCAUCAGGGGAAAAAUUAUUGUUAUAGUUACAAUGAAGGGGGUGACUAUUCAAAUGGUGCGGCAUAUAGUUGUAUAGCUUUUUCCACUAGCACUCACAAUGGUGGUGUGAAUUGAAAGUCCUGAAUAUAUUUCACAAAAACAGGGACAACCAUAAUUAACAAUCGACCGUGUGCAUUGCAGAUUAGAUUUUCCGACACCUAAAUUACAGGUGCCAAAGUUUUGUAGUUUCAAGAGAACGAACUUUUUAGCUGUUCUCAGUAGCAAGCUAAUCUAUUCUAUACACAGCUAACAUGUAAAUUAUUGCAACGAAGUUUUCCCUGUCUUCAACUUUCAUUUUUAGAGAGUGUUUGAUAUGAGACGAGGAACUCGAUAGAUGGCAGAACAGAUGAAGUUGCAUUUUAGUCCACAUCAUACCUUCCUACUUUUAGUCUUGUGUUUCAGAUUCAUUAUGUAGUACCAUUUUCUCU